CUACCACCCUCGAAGACGCGCUUGCUGCUGCGUCGAGACAACGAAAUGUGCAUGGAAUCUUCCCGCUGGCGUGGAUCCUGUCACCGCCAGACCAGCCUGCUUCCCAAUCGGUCUCGGAAAUGCCUCCGCACGCCGCGGGACGCGCUCAUAUAUAGUCGUUCAACCAACCUCUCGGGGCACGCCCAAUCCCCUUCUUGCUCCCGCCCACACGGCCCCGCCGAUAUUGACUAAGUACAUCCACCGCCAUGACUGCCACCAUCGACCAGGUGUCCAACAAGUUUUUUGACUAUGUGGUUUGCGGUGGAGGAACGGCCGGCCUGACCUUGGCUGCACGCCUGUCCGAGGACCCGAAUGUCUCUGUCCUCGUCCUCGAGGCUGGUGGUGCCAACCUGGACGUACCAGGCAUCUUGCGCCCCGCUUCCUGGGGCAGUCACUUCACCAAUGUCGAUUGGACGUGGCCGUACAAGACGAUCAAGCAGAAGGAGCUCGGCGAUGCGGACUACUUCUGGUUCAGAGGCAAGGGCCUUGGCGGAAGCUCCGGCAUCAACUUCAUGUGCUGGACUAAGCCACCCAAGGAGGAAAUCGACGAGUUCGAGAAACUCGGUAACCCGGGCUGGAACUGGCACAACUACGAGCGCUACGUCGCCAAGACGGAAGGCUUCGUCCCUCCGAGCGAAGAAGUACGGAAGCGCAAUGUCAAUGUCAAUAUGAACUUCGACACGUGGAAGAUCGGACGGGAUGGCCCACUCAAGUUGGCAUACCCCGGCACGAUUGAUGACCUUGAGAAGAAGACGGUCCAGACCAUGCUCAAUGCAGGCUUGUCUAAAGCAGCACACCCGCUAAGCGGUGACCCCAAGGGUGUGUUCCUCAUUCCGAAUACAUACGACCCGGAGAAGCACGUCCGCAGUUACUCUGCCACUGCUUUCUACCUGCCCAAUAAGGACAGGCCAAACUUGAAGGUUUUGAUCAAUGCGGCUGUUCACCGCCUUCAGACUCAGACAGCCGCAAACGGCAAGCUGAGCGCCGUCGGCGUUGAAUUCGAGUAUGAUGGCAAGGUCCACACUGUCAACGCACAGAAGGACGUCUGCUUGACUGCCGGGUCAUUGAAGUCUCCUCAGAUUUUGGAACUUUCAGGUAUUGGCCGCAAAGACGUGCUCGAGAAGAUUGGUGUACCGUUGAAGGUCGAGCUCCCUGGUGUGGGAGAGAAUGCCCAGGAGCACAUGUUCAUCGGUAUCAGCUGGGAACUCAAGGAGGAUGUCGGCUUUGAGACCAUCGAUCUCCUUCGGGAUGCUACCCACAAUGCGAAGCACCUCGAUCUGCAUGCCCUCGGCGAGGGUCUGUACACGCGAGGUAUCAUCGCCUUUGCGUUCACCGCCCCCAACCAAAUCUCGCCCCUGGCGGACACGAUCUACCAGAAGACGAAGGCGAAGAUCGAGGCGAACAAGGGAAAGUUCCCGCCUGGCCUGCUGGAGCAAUACAAUAUUCAGCUCGACCGCCUCAAGCGUGGCGCGCCUGGCUGCGAGUUGAUCUGCAUCCCGGGCUACCUCUCGGGCCCCGCGCCGCCUGCAGAGGGCAAGAGCUAUUUAACGAUCCUUGCUGCUGUAAACCACUGUUUCUCGCGAGGGACGAUCCAUUCUACGUCGUCGGACCCCCACAAGGACCCCGAAUUCGACCCGCGUUACUUUGAGCAGGAGGUCGAUUUGGACAUCUUCACCGAGUCUGUCAAGUGGUGCCGGAAGUUGGCGGACCUCUCGCCUAUGAAGGACGUCAUCGUGCAUGAGUUGAACCCUGGCCCGCAGGUCGAGGACGAGGCACAGGUCCGUGACUGGAUCAAGAAGUGCAUGGGCACGACAUGGCACACCUCGUCGUCGUGCUCGAUGCUCCCGAAGGAGCACAACGGUGUCGUUGACCCUGAGCUCAAGGUGUACGGCACGAACAACGUUCGUGUCGUCGACCUGUCUGUCGCUCCUCUGCAGUUCGCUGCGCACCCGAUGGCGACUGUCUAUGCCAUCGCCGAGCAAGGCGCAGACAUCAUCAAGGGCAAGUUUAACCCCCUCGAGGCGAGCAUGGCGUCGCUCAAGCUGAGCGCGUGAGCUACCCGCUAAACCGACAAGGAGGUUGUUAGAAUAGAGCGUAGAACUUGGUAGAAGGGGAAGAUAUCUGGCAUGUUGUGGCAUCGCAGUUGUUGUCGAAUAACGCAUUGAAUAUCGAUUACAUACAAUGGAUUGGAUCUUCAGAACUUCC